AACUUUUUUACUUGUUGGGCAAGCAAAUCUAUUAAACCGCCAAGCAAACGGCACCGAGUGACUUGGGCGCCAGUGGUUAUUCUUAAAUACAGGUCGGGUUUAUAUCUCAGAUUUGUUUGAACGCUCUGUUUCUAUAGGAUUGUAAAACACUCAGUAUUGUUGGGCGGCAGUGGCUAUUCUUAAAUACAGGUCGGAUUUAUAUCUCAGAUUUGUUUGAACGCUCUGUUUCUAUAGGAUUGUAAAACACUCAGUAUUGUUGGGCGACAGUGGUUAUUCUUAAAUAUAGGUCCGGUUUAUAUUUCAGAUUUGUUUGAACGCUCUGUUUCUAUAAGAUUGUAUAACACUCAGUAUUGUUGUCCUCAGUAUUGUUGUCGUGCCGGUUUGUUUAGGCAUUGGAGCCUAGUCACUGUAGUAAGUGGAGAGAAAUAGCAAUUUAUAUUGCAGUUUUCAUUUCUUUUCUUUGCUUUAAAAUGGAUGUCACGGGAAAGCUUCUUUAUCAAUCAUUGGUCAACAAAACCAAAUUGAAACGAAAACGGGCUGUAACCCCAUUUAUGAAUGCUAAAAAGUGGUCAUUGGUGCCCCCUACAAAGAGGGCAAAAAUCCUUUGUGGAUUUGUUAAGUGCUGCUCCCAUGGUAAUGGGAUUGUGGAAAAUUAUAAUAAUCUUAGAAAAAGCGGCAUUCCAGCUCGCAUUAUGUAUUUCUACGAGGGGGACUGGAUGGAUUUCCCGUCUGAAAUUGCAGUGCUCCUCAAGCAGGCGUUCCAAGAUGGUAAGACAGUGGUGGAAGUGGCCAUUGAUGGGGUUUCAUGCCUGGUGGAUUUUCUCGAUAUGCUACUGAUUCAUCUGAUUGAUGGUGCCCAGAGAUCCAUUGCCUGGAUAGAUGUUGAUGGAAAAUGCUUUUUCCCCAAAAUUCUCUGUGAUCCAAUGGGUGAUAGGCAUUGCGCUUCAAAUGAGGGUUUUGAGCCUGAAAAUUGUAUAGUAGUUACUGACAGAGAUCCGAAACCUGUCCAAGCAGAGCUGGUUUCUAGUGAUUCAGAUUCGUGUGACAUUGAAGGCCCCACUUCUGCUAGGGUUUGCAUUUCAAAUGAGGCUUUUAAGGGCGCAGGAGAUAAUUUGAUCAAACUGGGUGAAGAUGAGCAGGAGUUUGCGAAUGUGAGAAACAAAUUUAUGGCGGGUCUUAGAAUGGUAGCGACUUUUACAACCGUUACUGCAAUUUAUCGCAACCUGCAUCGCAGUGUUGUUGGGCAAUCCAGAUUGAAUGCUUUUCACGGGCACGUACAUAACAUUACCAGAAAGAAUGGGGGUGAUGCCAAUGUCCAGUGUGCCUGGCAUGGAACCUCGAGGGAUGGCAUCUGUGGAAUAAUAAAGAAUGGUUUUGUGCAGCCUGUGACCCCGAAACGUGGUCCAGUUUUUGGUAAUGGAGUCUACCUUGCAGCUGCAAAUUGGUCGUUUGUUAGUGUAGCAUACUCUGAUAUUGACGAGAACGGCGAACAACACAUGCUAUUGUGUCGCGUAAUAUUGGGGAAUACGGAGGUGGUGAUACCUGGCUCACGGCAAUGUCAUCCUAGUAGUAAAGAUUUCGAUAGCGGAAUAGAUGAUCUUAUUAAUCCAAGGCGUUACAUCGUCUGGACUACACACAUGAACACACAUAUUUUGCCAGAAUAUGUUGUUAGCUUUAAGGUUUCUCAAGUACGGUUUCAGGAGUAUUGGUCUAAAUUGAAAGCAAGACAACAAGCAAGAUUAAUGCGUGACAGUGAUGGAGAUCGGCCGUCUUAUCCUGCCUCGGAUGAAAAAUCAGGUCAGGUGCAUACUUCAAUUAAUGAAAAGUUUUGACGAGUGGUGAAAAUGGUCCAAUCUAUGAUAAUUAAAUUGUCAAACAAUGUUGCUGAACGUUCAUUUAUGAGACUCAAAACUUGAUCUCUAUAUAGGCUAUAUGGAGGUCGUGUGUCUUUAAACAGAAGGCAUACUUUCAGUCAAACUUGGAGAAUAAUAAUGCAUCGUUUUUGGAAAUUAUAUAUUUUUAAGUGUAUGUUGCCAAGCUUCAUGUGGUUUAGGCAAUAUUUUUAACUAGUUUUGAUGGAUAGGGCAGCAGAUUAGCGGCAUGGUUUUGACUCCUGAUGACAUGGGUGACAUUUUGAAAUGACUAGCCCUGUUUUUUUUUGUUAUUUUGAGUAUGCUUUUGCA